GCCAAGAUGACUCAAUCCCGAUCGCCUCGAUCAGACCAGACCGGUGAGGCAUUUGCUAUCCUUUUCUAUUUCUGUGCAUGACUUAGGUUUCAUCUUAAGUCGCCCCUUGUCGCCUCACUUGCGAUGUUGCAACUCGGUAGGGCCUGAGAAUGGCAGGUAUUCAGAUCGUGAACGGCGCCAACCAAGUUCCUAGCAAUGGGAACAUACGAACUACCUCCCGAAUUCUGUACAAUCCACCAGCCUGCAUAGAGGUAUUACCUACAAGUUUUGCAAAGUUGCUUCAUGGAAAAAAUUUAUCCACAGUGCACCUGUAAGGGACUCAGUCGACUUUGAUCCCACAAAUAGGUUACCAGGGGUACGCUAUUCACGUAUCCGUCUCUUUCUCCAGCUUUCCAACUAAAGAAGGUAUCGCCAACGUAACCACUGAGAGGGUUGUAUUCGGCUGGGGCUCCAGUCUGACUAUUCGCGCUCCCACGAUGAGAAUCUUCUAACAUCAGAUGACCAAACCGGAAAGAGACUGGGAGAAUGUCAGACCCUACAACUUGCGACAGCGGAAGUCUAAUGUAGAGCAAGCACUGUUUUUUCUGAACACUUCAGAUAAAUUCCUCGAAAAAGAGAUCCUUCAUUAUUCAUAUUCGCUGUAUGCAAGCAUUCUUCUCGGAGAAUAUGCCACCUCGGUUCACGUAUUGAGACGAAGCUGUGCAGCUACUCUUAAGGAAACCCAGUGGUGACCUUGAUCUGACGGUAUUAGCAGUGGGAUAUCCAAGAAAUGUUCGUGUUUGCAAAUGAAAAGUGAAGCAGGCAACUCAAAAUGUCUCCAAUAUACCACAAUUCACUCUACCUCGGCAGCAGUGCUACUCAUCAACAGUGUGUACCCUAAGAGCUGCCAUCGACCUGUUUAAAUGGAAAGGUUUCUGCUUCAGCAGUACUAGUCGUUCAGUAUCUGUUCAAAGUUCAACCUAAACCAAAUCUCACUCGAGCAAUCAUGACGUCUUCUCCUUCUUCUCAAUUUGGGGAUGCUCCAUAUCUUGGGGUUGUGGAUCCACGUCUGCUGAUGGGAAGUGGAGACAAAGAUGUUCCUUGGUACAAUCCUACAUUCCCAGGUCUCACUAAAGACCAGGAAGAUCUCCUCGCGAAUUACAGCUACCACAAGCCCGAAGUCAUCGCUCCCCAUAUAGUAGCUAUCCGAGAUAGAGCUUGGGACAUCCAUUCACUGCCAUGUAUCGGCCAGUUCCGAUUCAUCGACCUCAGCCUAUCCCGGUUACCAUCGUACUCCCAUGUUGUCAAUUUGCUGAAAGCAGGCGGCAGGUUGCUCGAUCUUGGUUGCUGUUUCGGGCAAGACCUCAGGAAACUUGUCCACGACGGUGCACCAGCUUCAUCUCUCUUCGGCGCUGAGCUGCGAGAGGAGUUUAUUGAAUUGGGCUAUGAGCUCUUCCUUGACAAAGACAAAAUUGGAGUCAACUUCCUCAGAGCCGAUGUCUUUGACCCCGACUCCUCAUUGAAGGAACUCGAUGGUCAGCUGGAUGUAGUUCAUGUCGGCCUGUUCUUACAUUUGUUUGGAUGGGAGGGCCAGCGAAAGGCAUGUGAGCGGAUCGUGGGGUUGCUGAAGCCGGAGAAGGGAGUUCUGAUCCUGGGGCAGCAGGUUGGAUGUCUGAUGGCUUGUGAUGUGAAGUUUGAGGGAGAAAGGAAGGUUACUCGGCAUGAUUUGGUGAGCUUUGAUAGGUUGUGGGACGAGGUCGGGAAGGCGACUGGUACGGAGUGGCUUGUUCGGGCGAAGUUGGAUGAAGGACUUGGUGUUGGGGAUGGGAAGCGAGUGUGGGAUAGCCCGGAGACAAGGAGGUUGGUUUUCGAGGUUGAGAGAGUCUCCUGAUGUUAGAUGGAACGACCUGAUUUGUAUUUCGCUCAUGACAUUAUUGAAGCUGCGUUGGGCUGAGUCUACAUACAAUCUGUUUCUGUCUUGCGAGGUUUGUUUGCGGUGUUUACCUCGCUACUACUGG